AUGUUCUAUCAAUCUUUAUCACAAGAAAAUUUGUGUAAAAGGUUAAAACUUGCUAAGGUGAGAAAACUUGAGGCAGAAGCUGAAAAAGCAGAAAUUGAUACUAGAAGAGCCAAAGUCUUAGCGGAAUUAUAUAUUAGGAAGGCUGUGGCGGAAGCUGAAAAAGCUGAAACGGAAGCUAGAAGAGCCAAAGUUUUGGCAGAAUUAGAUAUUAGGGAGGCUAUGGCCAAAGUAACUAAAGCUGAAACAGAACUAGGAAAGCCAAAUGCUGCCAAAUUUUAA